GCUUAUAUGUUAAGAAACUUCGUCCACUAAAACCCUAAAGAUACAAUAAAACAAAAAGAGCUGAGAAUGAGAGAAUAAGAGCAAAGUAAGCAAAAGCCUCUCUAAGCUUUCCUCUUCGGCCUCCUCUUUAAUUCUCUUUUCCCUUUCUUUCUUGGCUCUGGUAUUCCCUUGGUGUGAUUCUCCACCAUAUUUCCAAAAGACCCAUUAAGCUUUAUAAAAGAAAAAAAGAUCAAGAACCAUGGUUUUCUCGUCUGUUCCACUCUAUUUAGAUCCUCACAAUUGGCAUCAGCAACCAAAUCAUCAACAAGGAAGUGACAGUCAAAACGUUCCACAUGAGCUGCCCCCGCCAACCCAUCAUGCCGGUGGUCAUGGUGCUGCUGGCUCCCUCAGGCCUGGUUCAAUGGCUGAUCGAGCCAGGUUAUCCAAGAUACCACACCCAGAAACAGCGCCUCUCAAGUGUCCAAGGUGUGAAUCCACCAAUACUAAGUUUUGCUACUUCAAUAAUUACAACCUCUCUCAGCCCCGUCACUUCUGCAAGACAUGUCGGCGUUACUGGACCAAAGGGGGUGCCCUUAGGAAUGUUCCAGUGGGUGGAGGUUGUCGUAGAAACAAGAAAAACAAAAGCAAUCGCAAUAAACCUCCGGCUGCCGGUGAGAGGCAAUCGGGUUCCAACUCUAACAAUAAUGCAACUCCCUCUGCCUGUACCUCAGAGUUAAUUGGUCAUUUUCCACAGCAAUCUCCACCGUUACCCUUCAUGUCCUCCUUACAGAAUUUUACCCGCUAUGGUAUGGGAAAUAUUGGCCUAAACUUCAGUGACAUCCAGGCGCAGACUGAUUUAGGGUAUCAGAUUGGAAGUAGUUCUGGUGGAAGCAGCACAAUUUUAUCUAGUGGAGUGGAUCAGUGGCGUUUCCAGCCAAUCCCUUUCUUGGGUGGCUUUGAGUCACCGACAGGUUUAUACCCAAUUCAAAGUGAAGGUGUUGAAUCAACUUUAGCUGGAGAUAAUGAGCCAAGGAUCAUGAUGUCAAAUUCUAGGGUUUCUCAGCUGCCUCCAGUGAUGAAAAUGGAAGAAAGACAAGGGAAAAAUCCAUCAGGUCUGAACUGGGGUGGAAAUUCAUGGACAGAUUUAUCAGGUCUUCACUCUUCUUCGGCCGGCCAUCUGCUGUAGUUCCCAUGUUUCCUUUCGCUAUAAAUAAGGUCAUCAUGAAGCUACAGUGCAUUUUAAUCCGGGAUCUAUAUUAAAGAAGGGUUAGAUUUUCCACUGAAAAUAUUUGUAUUGCAAGCUCCAAACGCCAAUAUUAAAAUGAUGAAAUUGCGGAGGCUGAUUGAGGAAACUUGAUCUCAUGCUGUAUGAAGAACCAAGAAAAUGGUAGAAUUCGUAUUCAUAUGCUUUGUUUGUUAGCUAGCGAGUGUGCUUUUAUAACCUUCUGUAUUGUAUGGUCUUGCUUGCAGAAGCAUUGUCUGUGUGAGUUUUUGGGUUUGUUGUUAUAUAUAACAUGACUAUGAGCUUUUUUUAAUCCUAUAGAUGGCAAUGUAUUUCCCA